UCUUACAGGAGGUUGAAGGUUAUUUGUCCAAAUUUUGUUUAAACCCACAGAACUGUAUUUUAAAUUCUAUCGGAGAUCCCGAAUUUUCCAAAUGUACCAAAUAUUUGAAGCUUAACUUUGGUUUUCCCAAGUGAGGAAACAUAAUUUUGUCUCACUUUUACUUCCAUACACUGUCAGACAUUUCUUAUAUAUUCUGUAUCUGCUUUACAUUGAGCUUAUAAGAUGUUUACAACAACUUUCUAUUAAAUUGGGGAAACAAAAAAUCCACUUAAUAUUUCCCUCUGAAAUGAAGUAGAGUGGAAGUAUAAAGUAGCAUCAAAUGGAAAUACUCAAGUAGAGUACAAGUACCUCAAAAUUGAAUUUAAGUACUUGAGUAAAUGUACUCAGUUACUUUGCACCGCUGGCAGCGCAGCAGGUUACAAGCUUUGACGGAUACGUUGAAAGCAAACGGCUCUCUUCCGGUGUCUUUGCGGUUGUUUCUGUUUGACUUGACGCUGGAAGGAAGGAGGUAUCCAUGAUGACAACUUUAAAAUACCAACAGUAAGCUAGGGCUGGUGAUUACCUGUCGGACAUACUUUAACAAACAUGUUUAUCCGUCGUCAUCGCGGUGCUUGUCGCCUGGAUGUGGAUGCAGCUCAGCGGGGCUAACGUUAGCUUGCCAGCUAGCAUGAACUCGGGCUGUCGCUGCUUUUGUUUACAUCCAGUCCUGAUGACGGGCCUGGAGAGGUGUGUUAGCUAACCCAGCUACCAGAGCUGUUUGCGGGGAAGCCUCAUCCUGAAGCCCGCUCUCUCCAGGACCGGGGCCGUCCGAUAAAACUGCUGACACCUUAGGGUGAUGGAAGUGUCCUCUCAGGAUCCAUCUCUCAUGGCUAUGGACCUGUCAAAGAGCUACUCAGUCAACCCCCUGACCCGCGGCCACGCUGAAACCAUGGACCUCGCCAAGAAGCCGGAGUGGUACCACAGACGCCCGCCGAGCUGCAGCACGGAGAUCGGCUCCUCGUACAGAUCCCGAGCCUCGUCCUCCUACAACUCUCUGUCCUCCCAGCUGCGUCCUGAGGCAGGUGCUCCUGUCCACUGCAGAGAAAUGGAGCAGGGCCCCGAGGCUUUAGGUAACUACAUGAAUUCAGCGCUCGCUCCAGGGCUGGAUCUGUACCAUGACGGAGUUCACGGCAACCUGUGGCACCCGGGGUUCUACGGGGCCGACCAAAGCGGCGGUCCGGGUCCUGAGAGCAGCGGCGGAGAGGAGAGCGACAGCGGCUCUGACGUUAUUGUCCUGGUCUCCUCGGCGAAGGAGCCGCUCUUAUGCGGUUCUUUCAUCCAAGACAGCGUGAGACACAUCGUGGAGCCUCUGUCCCCGGCUGUGUCCUCGCUGGAUGAAGGGAGAGGUUGCUACCACCUACCUCAGCCUCUGAGCUCACCCAGUCCUGACAGUUCGUACUCGGAGGACUCUUCCGACAGCUCAGUGGACAUUCCUGUACAUCACACCAGGCCUGUAGUCCUCCUGUCAGACCUCAGCGCUGUGUACGGCAACCCCGCUGAUUCUCCGGUAGACAUUUCAAGCGACGACAGCGACGUCAUCGAAGUUUCAGUCACUAACGAGAAGAAAAAAGGUCACACUUUUCCUAGUAAGAAAAGCGUUCCUUGUAAGAAGGGUCUGGUAAGAGAAACUCCUCCUCAAAGCGAAGGUGAAAAAGCUCCAACCAGAGAGGUGCGACGCAGCUCCAGGAUCAGGAAAUCCGUCUCCGAGAUGCCUCAGUUUACCUGCAGCGGGUCGCGGCACAGUUUGAGGAGGCAAGUCAAAAACGACGCGGUGGGCAUCUAUAACGAAAGCUGCGAUUCCGACGACAUGAUGGAGUACGCGGUGAGGUUAUCCAGCUCGGACGCGGACGAGUCGGCGUCGCAGCCGAACCUGUCGCAAAGAGUGAGCAGCAAUUCAGACGACUCUGACGCCGACGCUCGGACAGACAGGAAGUCGCCCUCUAAAUCGCCGCAGAGAGAGCAGCAGCAGCAGCCUUGCCGCAAAGCUUCGUACACAAAAAGCAUCAACCAUAAACGAAAGAAGCCCCUCAACAUUCCUAAAAGUAAAAGGCUGAGAAGAAGCAAGCAGAAACAAAACCACAGAAUCCCCCCAAAGCAGCAUCAAAGGGCCGCGGCCGGCAGCGACACGGCAGCAAACAAAAAAACUGUCAUAAGACGGAAGAAGAAGCGACGCUCACGGACUGGACCGUCCGCUCCGUUUCCUCCCAGAGAGCCAGAAAUCCAGCUCAAAUAUCUGAAGGUAAAAGAGGGAAAAAAGGACAAGAAAUCAGACAGUUUUUGUCCCUUCGUUCACAUGGAGCGGCGAGUGUGCACCGUUGUCAACUAUCGAGAGGAGGAGGCGACCGUCAGGAGCAGCAGAGGAAAGCAGCAGACAGCCGCCAGGUCCGUGUCCGGAUUCGUCCCCAACACUUCCUGUUUCCAGCUGGGUCGGCUCAGCUCGGAAAGCAGGUGUCACGCCACCCUGUUGUGCUGCCUGUGCGGUCAGGUGGCCAACGCCAGGGGUCUCGGGGACCUCCACGGCCCGUACUGUCCAACUGGAGCGUCUGCGGACUGCCAGCAGCAGCAGCAGCAGCAGCAGCAGCAGCAGCAGACCUGCAGGACGGUGCAGAAACAGGAAGAAAACUUACACGGACUCGCUAGCAGCCACUCAGUAAAUUCCUCAGACGACGGUGGUUGCGAGUAUGACUGCUCUGCCGUCAAAAGUCUGCACGAGAGCGACGACAGCUCUCUCCCAAAGGUGCCUCUUCAUCUCGAUGAGUGCUGGAUGCACGAGGACUGCGGCAUCUGGUCCGCCGGUGUCUUCCUAGUCAGAGGAAAGCUGUACGGGUUAGAGGAGGCGGCUCGGCUCGCGCAAGAAACAAUAUGUUCAACAUGCCAACUAACAGGUGCAAUAAUGGGAUGUUUCCAGAAGGGCUGUCCCAGAAAUUAUCACUACAGAUGUGCCAUUCAGUCAGGCUGUGUCUUAAAUGAAGACAACUUCUCAAUGAGAUGUCCGGAGCACAAGAACAAACUGUUCACAAGUGUCACCAGACAACACAAGAGAUGACGCGAAAGACAUCUGGGGACACUGGAGAACGGUCCGCAGCUCUCCUCAGGGUGCGACGUGACGUGCCCGACUUCACCUCUGCUGUUUUAUAACACUAAUUAAGGCGAGCGUGUGUGUGUGUGCUCGAGCAGAAGGAAAACCUUCUGGUAAGAUUUCACUUCGUCAUGACAGACAGAUCAACCAGGGGCCACUUUAGGAAUUUUUAAGAUGUGUCUUUGUUUUGUUCUAUUUCUAUUUGUUGUUUUGUUUUUUUGUAGGUCUUUAUCACAGGCAGUUUCACCUAAUGGACUGAGCCAAGCUGGGGUGUGUAUGUAUGUGUGUCUGUGGGUGUGUGUGUGAAAGUGUAUAUGACUAUUUAUUCCUCUUCUUGAAGAUCUACAUUUGGACUAGCCACGUCAAAUACAGUUUAUUAUUUCAACAUGAUAAUUAUAUAAGAAUUUAAAUUAGCUUUAUUGAUUUGUUGUAUAGAAUAUAAUAUCUUUAUGUAAAGACACUUUUCUUUCUAAAGUUUUUGUACUACUUUUCUAUUACUGUUAGUGCUUCAGUCAUCACCUAACAUAAUUUAUUUUCAUCGAGUCGCAUGCACAGUCGAUGUUUGCUACAAUGCACUUUAUAGUAUAAUUUUAUGAUAACAGUUAUUUGUCUGUCUCAAGACUUUGUUCCUCCCUUUUUACUAAAAUUAUUUAAGUUUAAUAUAAAGCUGCACUUAGCAAGAUUUAUAUGUUAAAAUAUGAAAUACCUGUUUAAUUAGCUGAAAUCACAAACUACGGCUUCAACAUCGCAUCCACACUAAAUGGAACCGCAAACUGUACAUUCACCAUAUUGAAGCAGAUUUAUUUCUGGUGUCAGGUUUGGAUGCUUCUCUGCUCACAGGAUGUGGAGACUUGAGACUGACAAACAUCACAAACUGUUCAAGCCAGAAAAAAAGAUGCAAAUAUCAGUGUUCAGUGUUUUGUGGCUGAGCUGGUGAAACAUGCAGAGUGCAGUAAAUUCUUCUUUUGCGUCAUGUUGCAGGAUUUCAGAAAAGUUAAAAGCGUCAGUUAAACCAAAACACAAAAAAAAAAUCACCCCCCCAAGUGGUCUGAUUCAGAUAGUUUUGAUUUUUAGAGUUGAAACAAAUAGUCAAUUGACAGAAAAGCCAUUGAUAACCACUUUUGUUGUUUCUAACAAAACGUUGAUUCCAGCUUCUUAAAUGUGAGGAUUUGCUCUUUUUUUAUAUCAGCAUGAAUUAUAUAUUUUAGGGAUUUUUGGUCCGGGUAUCAUCGGAUAAUUUGUAAUUCAUUUGUAAUUCAAAAACCAAAUAAUAGUUAAUCUGUUAUUUGUUUCAAAACAAAAAACCGAAAACCGUUUUUGGUGUCAGAGUCAAAUAAUGAAAAACCAAUCAAACCCGGCCCGUUUUUGGUUUUUGUCGAUUUGUUUUAUCGUUAUUCCUUUUUGGAUUGAAUAUCAAGCAGGUCUGCGGACAUUCAGCCAAUUUGUUCUUGCGUUUGAAACCAAAAACGGAAGUCACAUGUUUUUUUCCUUUUUUCAUUUUAAAC